UGUCUUUACAGGGUGUAACGUUCAGACAGACACUGUAACGUUAACGGUCGCUGGGUCUCUGCUGCAGUUUAACUCGGUUAAAGAUUUAAUCCUCCGCCUUGUUUACCGUCAACAUGUCGCACACCGUCAUCACAACAACAACAACCACCAGGACGUCCGGUGACGGUGUCCUGAACACGGGCUACACCCGGACCAUCCCGGGACUGCUGAAGAUGGGACAGAUGCUCGCCCUCCUCAUCGCCUUCCUGUGCGUCCACUGCGCUCGGGGUUGGCCCAGCUGGGCGGCCUUCCAGUACUUCGAGGUGGUGACGAUGUGGUUCCUCAUCGCCCUCGUCAUCUUCUUCCUCAUGCACCUGUUCAGGCUGCAGGGAAGGAUGCCGUGCAUCAACUGGCCGCUGACGGAGUUCUUCCAUUACUCCGUCGGCACCAUCCUCAUCUUCAUCGCCUCCAUCGUCGCCGCUGUGAAGGCUGGAGGCGUCUCAGCGCUGGUGGCCGGAUCGGUCCGGGGGUCGAUGGUCACCCCGCAUCUACGUGGACGCACAGGUGACACACCGAACAUACGCCGGUACACUGAUCUCAGGUCAGGACUCACCACACAUGGAAACCCUCCUUAA